CUCCUUCGAACCGCCUGAAAACAGACUUAGAGAGAGAGAGAGAGAGAGAGCUCCUCAAUACAGCUACUAGGGUGCCUGGGCGUUUUGAUAAGCGUUUCGAAACUACAAAGAGCUCCGUUGAAGAAGCUGCUGAGGUGAAGCUAGCCGACUGUUCCACCCAUUCCUGAGAUACAUCCGCUGCCUUGCUUCUCUCUUCUAUGACGACAGAGACCUGGACUUCUGGAUGAAAGACGCAUCAUGUCUCCAAACCGUAGACGUCUUACUGCUGCCUCAUAGACCUCCAGGCCUCCAAUAGACCUUGCCCUCUAGUCUGAGGACUCUCCUAAUUCUCACCUUUGACCACUGGCCAAGAUGAAGAGGGUGGAAUCAUGGUCGGCAGCAGAUGUUUCUGAUUGGCUGAGCAGAGAGGGGAUGCCAGAGUAUGCAGACGCUCUCACUCAGAUAGACGGGCCCGCUCUGCUCAGGCUCACCAAGGCAGAUUUUAAUGUGCCUCCCCUCUCACGAGUGUCAUCCGAUGGCGGACAGCGGUUACUGGAGCGGAUGGAAAUACUGCGGAUUGAGACCCAUUUGGAGGAUCAUAAAAACGGUCACGCCAACGGGCACUUAGUGGGGAUCCCCAAUGGAACUAGUAAGGUGCAGAGGAACGGCACUCCGGGGAGGAAAGACUUUAAACAGGAGAUGAUCCACAUUCCUAUGCCAACAAUAGAACCCACUCGCUCCUCAUUCCCUACAGAGUGGGGGAAGACAGGCAUAGGAUUCAUCUAUGCUGUGGUCUGCUUCGUCACCACCAGUGUGGUCAUUUCAGUGGUCCAUGAAAGAGUUCCUCCGAAAGAGCUGACCCCACCUCUGCCUGAUAAGUUUUUCGACCUGUUUGACAGGCGUGAGUGGGCUUUCUCCAUCUGUGAGAUAAAUGGCAUGCUGCUGGUGGGACUGUGGCUGAUACAAUGGACUCUUCUCAAGCACAGAUCAAUAAUAGGCAGGAGGUUCUUCUUCAUUGUGGGAACACUUUACCUGUACCGAUGUAUCACAAUGUAUAUCACUACUCUUCCGGUUCCUGGGAAGCACUUUAAAUGCUCACCAAAGCUACUUGGCGACUGGGAAGCACAGACGAGAAGGAUCAUGAAAAUGAUUGCCGGCGGCGGCCUCUCCAUCACAGGCUCCCACACCAUGUGUGGAGAUUAUCUUUAUAGUGGCCACACUGUCAUGUUGACGCUCACGUUCCUCUUCAUCAAAGAAUAUUCCCCGAGGCGUUUUUGGUGGUACCACUGGAUCUGCCUGGCGCUGAGCGCCGUCGGGAUUUUCUGCAUCCUUCUGGCCCACGACCACUACACUGUGGACGUGGUCGUGGCUUACUUUAUCACUACACGCCUCUUCUGGUGGUACCACACCAUGGCCAACCAACAGUCACUGAAGGAGACCUCACAGAACAACAUGUUUGCACGGGUGUGGUGGUACAGACUCUUCCAGUAUUUUGAAGAGAACGUGAACGGCACAGUUCCUCGGAAUUACCAGCUGCCUCUCUCACUGCGGGCGUUGCACUGGAACCGGGGUGUGAAGUACAGCCGACUGGACACCCAGUGACCCCUGUCUAUCUGAGUUAGGCUAGGACUGUGACUCAAACAAGUGCUAUAUAUAUAUAUAUUUUUUAAUCCAUGAAAGAUGGCACCUUAGCGCCGUCUUCUUCACUCUUACUAACAGGAGUAUCCCAGUCUAAAUGGGUAGCACUGUGACUGUCUAGACAGUUUUAUUAUCCUUCUGUUGUCCAUUUCAGCAGGUUUUUUUAAGCACACUAAUUUAUUUUUUAUUUCAACUUUAUUAUGACUCUCAAACAUUUCUGCUGUUCUAUCAUUUCAAAGAACUCUUAAACCUCCUUUCUUCUUUGGCACAAAAGCCUCAAUCAUUUCAUUAUUCUAGAUUUCUAGUUCAGUUGGCGUCAAACAGAUGCUUAUUUGAGAACCAAAAUGCCAUAAGCAUUUAGCUUUUUUUUUUUUGGUUGGUUGGUUUUUAAGCGACUUACUUUUGCUUAACUGUUCUUGCUGAAAUGUCUCAAAGGUGCAGAAGAUAUUUUUUUCUAAAUAUAUCAAAGUUUAUUUUUCAAGAGAGAAUUCCGAUUCUCCGGCUAAAGAUUUUUAGAUUUUUAGCUUUUUCAAAGAUGGAUAGCGGAGAGCGUAAACAUUUCAUGUGGUCUAACUUUAACCCAGUGCCUUCCUUAGCCUGAUUGUCAAACAGUUAAAAGUACAAAAUGUGUGGUUGUCCUAACCCUCCUCUUCCCACCCCAACCCCCCUACCACCCCGUUGCAGGAAAAGCACCAUCACUGCAACACUGUCAGUCCUGUACUUAUGAAUGUAUACAAAAAAAAAACACAACCAGACUACGCUUAGCCUUACCAGAAGAUCGGUCUUCUCAAAUAUAAGUGCAACGUGUUCAAUAUCCUGUUUGUAAA